AUGAACCCAGCUGUGAAGAACAAGUUUGUCAUCCGCUCAAAAGCCAUCACCUUCCUCCGCCGUUAUCUCGACAACCUGGGCUUUUUGGAGGUUGAGACUCCGAUGAUGAACAUGAUUGCUGGUGGUGCGACGGCUAAGCCCUUCAUCACCCAUCACAACGACCUCAAUCUUAAUCUUUUCUUGCGUGUAGCUCCCGAGCUGUACCACAAGACCCAUAAUCCGGAGUUCACGUCUUGCGAGUUCUACAUGGCCUAUGCUGAUUAUGAAGAUGUUAUGCGCCUGACGGAAGACUUGCUAUCCAAAAUGGUUUAUCAUAUCCAUGGAAACCAUAAGAUCGUCUACCAUCCGAACGGUCCCAACACGGAGCCCGCGCAUGUGCUCGACUUUACCCCGCCGUUCCGCCGAGUACAUAUGUACGCUGGAUUGGAGGAGGUGCUCAAGGUGAAACUGCCUCCGGCAGACACGCUGAAUACUCCUGAAGCCGUUGCUGCGCUCGACAAGAUCGCUGUCGACAACAAGGUAGAGUGCCCUGCCCCACGCACGGCCGCUCGUCUUCUGGACAAGCUCGUUGGCGAGUUCCUCGAGCCGACGUUCAUCAGUCCCACCUUCCUCAUCGGCCACCCGCAAAUUAUGUCGCCGUUGGCCAAGUGGCAUCGUUCUAUCCCUGGUCUGACCGAGCGCUUUGAACUUUUCGCCGCUGAGAAGGAGCUUGCCAACGCCUACACAGAGUUGAACGACCCGCUGCGCCAACGCGCCUGUUUCGAACAGCAAGCCAAGGAUAAGGAUGCCGGUGACGAUGAGGCGCAAAUGGUUGACGAAAACUUCUGCACGGCCCUGGAGUACGGACUGCCACCGACAGCCGGCUGGGGCAUGGGUAUCGAUCGACUUUCCAUGUUCCUCACUGAUUCGCAUAAUAUCAAGGAGGUGCUCUUCUUCCCGGCGAUGCGUCCCGAGGACAGCACCCCAGGCCCAGCUCCCGUCGUGUUCGUUAAUGGACGACCGUUGCCGGAUGCUAUCCGGAAUCGAAUUAUCGAUCUGGCCCAUCAGGGCGUUCGACCGUGCGAUAUCUCGCGACAGCUACGGGUGAGCCACGGCUGCGUCAGCAAGAUUCUCGGCCGAUUCUACGAGACUGGCUCGAUACGACCAGGUGUCAUCGGCGGAUCGAAGCCCAAAGUUGCCACACCUCGCGUCGUCGAUUGUAUCACGGCCUAUAAACGGAAUAACCCGACAAUGUUCGCCUGGGAGAUCCGGGAGCGGUUAUUGCAGGAGCGAAUUUGCGAUGCGGAAAAUGUGCCUUCGGUCUCGUCGAUCAACCGAAUAGUUCGUAAUAAAGGCCCUGUUCCGAUGGCCAACCAUCAACAGAAUGGAUCACCGGGGGCACAGAACAUUCCACCUUCCUCAAUUCAACAGCAACCCUCGUCAAUUCCCCUCCAGCUUCCGCCCUCGGCUUUUCACACGCCCUAUUCGAUCAACGGGCUGCUUGGCUUUGAUAAGGACUGGCUGAGCCGGGCGCAGGAGUCGCAGUUGGCGCACGAGACGGCUUGCGAUCUACUGUACCGGUCU